CUGAAUCCUUGUAAACGCGAAGUAAUGUCUUUAACUCUYUUGUUGUGGGUACUUGUUCAAACCUCUCUAUGUCCAUGCGGCAAUUUAAACAAUUCUUUGAACGACCAGAAGAACCCGUUGCGAUAUARCUCAGUUCGCAAGGAAGCUAACAGCGGGAAUUACACUAUGCAAAAAGAAAACAUUACAAGUGCCUCCUUUAACAAGUUGAACGCAACAACAGAUCAAGGUAAUGGAGCCGAUUUGUUUCCAAAUUCGAUGAACAUAAGCUCGCGGAGCGACGGAAAUACGACCAAGGAAAAUGUAAAGAAAAUAUUCGUAAUGAUCUUUCUAAAACCUGAAAAACAAAACGUAAGUCGUAUAUAURUACCCAUUGCUCCUUCUACGAACAUUUUGGCUAAGACCAAAAAGAGGGUAGAGACGAAGUGCUCAAAUUCUGAAGUCUUCGAUAAAACAACGAGCCAGUGCAGAAAGACGAUGUCUUCUACAAUUGCCAUUUCGUUUUCAUUUCCAUUUGAAGAAAACCCGAUACCAUUUAGUGAGAUGAAAGAGAAAAUCCCAUAUAUUGAGAGAAAUAACCUGACCUGCGUUAAUCCCCAAAAGUACCACAGAGAUGAGUACACGAUGUCUUCAAACAAAACCUCAGCGGUUAUCAUCAAGAAGACAGGCGAAGUGCUUAAUCCCGAAGACUAUUACAUCAAUGAAACCGAGAAAACCAAUGGCAGCCAAGCAAUCUACGUCUGCCGAAACAGCUUCAACUGCUCAAACCAAUGGCGGUUACUGGACCAAGGAGAAUUUUUAGUCUUCAAAAAUGGGACUAUUUUUGUUCAUGCUUCCAAUAGAUUAUAUAAUAAGUCAGAAUAUAUCUUGCAGAAUAGCACUGUCUUGGUGUGCGACAAGGCAUCCCUGGAUAUUGAUUCUUUUGUCCCUAAAAAUUGUUCAGGAAAGUGGGGAUUGAUGGAGAGUCAUGAGUAUACGAUCUUGACCAACCGAUCAAUCUACGUGAACGCUUCACACACUCUGUACGACCUAUCACAGUACAUGUGGCAAAACCAAAAAAUCUUUGUUUGCUUUACCGAUGAUCCUCUUGCAAAACUUUCAACCCACGACGAAACCUUGUCGUUUUUGACUUUUGUGUGCAUGUCRAUAUCGAUUAUUGCACUGGUCUUUGUCCUCGUCACCUAUUCCUUGUUCACCGAGCUACGAACCCCACCAGGUAUUAACCUCAUGAACCUCAGCGUUUCUAUUCUGCUCUCACAACUCUUGUGGCUUGUUGGAAGCCCUAGGCCAGGACACGAGACAUAA